AUGACAGAUGCCGAUGCAGAUGAUGGACUGGUCAGGUCAAGUGUGUACGCGUCGAGACAUCGGCGUCGGCUCCACGGGCCGGCUCCGGAAAAACCUGCAUUGCCGGUACCUAAGCGUCGAAUACAUGCCUUUAUCAUAGUCGCUGAUUCAACAAACACUGUGACACUACUUGGAUCCAUGCCAGAUAAGAUUGUUGCGGCAUACCGGAAUCUCUUUAGGCAUUCGCUGCGAGCAGUGCAGUUCUCGAAGCCUGCCCGAUACAUCUACCGCGAUAGACUGCGGGAAGCGUUCAGAGAUGGCGACCCUGCUGAUUUUGAUCAGUCAAAAAUCGACAACACAGUGGAAUUCUUGAAGGCUGCGACGCACGACACUGGACUGGAACACAAGAUAGUAAAGAAUCUUUGCAAGGUGUGGUGGGGCCAGGCAUCCCGUUAUCAAAGUUGCGCAGACCCGGUGCCAUUUAUACAUCGCACUAAGCUGAAUGCCUUCGAGCACUACGACCACAACAUCAGAAUGCUUAACGAAAGCUUGGGUCUAUGCAUUCCUACAACAAAGCACUGGCAGCUUCUUCGAUGGCGACAGGCGUCAGAGAUAGUGACACCUAAGUCAGUACAAGGAAAGAAGUCACUACUCUUGAAGACACACUGGGAACCUUAUCCAGAACUUGUCAUGGAUACACAUGGCAGUACAACGUUUGAUCAUUAA